AUGGCUCUCCCGUUAACUGCGGCACAUCGUAGAUCUAUCGUCAUUGCAGUCACAGCUGUGCUGAUUGUGUGUUAUUUCAUGGCUAUUGGUCGUGAAGACCAUUCCGCGUCUUUCAGAACUUUGUCUACUCAAUUGUCGACAUCCAAGGACUCUGAAACUGUGGCGGGUUUGGAUGUCAAACAAACAAGCGAGACACCAUCGGAGUUGUCUUCUUCAUUAAAGAGCAAGCCAUCACCCACCCUUGGAAAUCCAAUUCCACAAGUCUCUCACCCUCCCCACAGAGCCAACGCUACCUUGGUAAUGUUGGCUCGUAAUUCCGAUCUCAAUGGCGUGAUAUCAAGUGUAGAACAGCUAGAGGCCAAGUUUAAUCGCAAGUUUAAUUAUCCCUGGGUGUUUUUGAACGACGAGCCCUUCUCCACCGACUUCAAAAGGCGUGUCAGUGUCUUAACCGACGCAGACGUUUCUUUUGGGUUGGUCCCUCACGAGCAGUGGGUCCAGCCGGACUGGAUAGAUGAAGGACGAGCUCAGGAGGGACGUAAUAAACUUGUACGACAAGGUGUAAUUUAUGGCGGCAAGUUCAUCAUUCCUCAGCCAUUUUUUGUUAUCUUACCAUUAAAACCACAGGAAGUGUUUCGGGUGAGCGCACAGCAUCGCGGGUUUAGGAAGGAUGUUUCGUUGGCUGAUCUCUCUCUACAGUUCUUUUUCCGCCAUGAACUCUUAACGCCAUAUAAAUGGUACUGGAGAGUAGAGCCCGAUGUUAGAUACUACUGUGACCUGGAUUAUGACCCCUUUCUAUUCCUGGAGGAUCAUGACAAAAUUUAUGGCAAGACAGGCUUCACGAUAUCUAUGCCAGAAUGGGAACCAACUAUACCCUCGUUAUGGUCCACGGUGAAAAACUUCGUCGCGGAAUAUCCUCAAUAUGUGUCACCAGACAACUCAAUGGAUUUUCUAUCUGACAAUGCGGGCGAUUCUUACAACAUGUGUCACUUUUGGUCAAACUUCGAGAUCGCAGAUAUGGAUUUCUGGAGGGGCGAAGCCUACACGAAAUUUUUCGAGUACCUUGAGAACACAGGAGGCUUCUACUAUGAGAGAUGGGGAGACGCACCUGUUCAUAGCAUCGCCGCAGCCUUAUUUACGCGCAAGGAUCAAAUACAUUUCUUUAAGGAUAUAGGCAAGCCAAGGGUAAACAGUGGCGGGAAGGACAUUGUUCGUGUGAUCCAAACGAUAACUUCGGCCACUGUAGACUACUACAGGGCACGGUCACAGGGACGAUAUGUAGCGAUGCGUGCUGACUGGACCAAAACAUCGAGAGAGGACUCGGAGAUGAAGGAAACAGACCACGUGGAGCAGGAAGAACUUUGAAACCGGACCACGCCGCAGUCCAUUAUAGGCCAGGCGUUUUCAGUUGGCUGUUUUAGGUGGCGUGGCUCAAUCCUUCCACCGCGACCAACAGCAGUCCUAUAUCCUCUUCAUUUUUUUCUUGCAUUUACCAUCCAGUUACCUUUCUCUCGAUUUGCGCUAAUAAAGGUCCCAAAGGGACGAGCACCUCUGGAAAGAUGAUGACCCCGAUGCGUUACAUCUUGCUUGUCUUGGGUGUUAUUGUACGUG